UAGCUUAUCUCCUCCCAACUUCCAAAGUCUCUGAAAAUGGAGAAAUUCAAGAGCCUGGCUUCUAUAGCGACACUACUAGUUGUUGUAGCUCAUAUUGCUAUAUUAGCAGAUGCUCAAACCAUAUGCAACAUGCCUGCUUCGGGUUUGAUGGCAUGCAAGCCAGCUGUGACCCCUCCCAACCCUCCUCCCCCAACAUCCACUUGCUGCUCCGCUCUCUCCCAAGCUGACAUGCGCUGCCUUUGCUCCUACAAGAACUCCCAGCUUUUGCCUUCCCUUGGCAUCGACCCUAACCUUGCCAUGAAACUUCCUAGCAUGUGCAAGCUUCCUCAUCCCGCAAAUUGCUAGUCUGUCAACCUAAUGCUUGGAAAAAACAAAGACAUGCAUAUAAGGCUCGACUUCAAGUAAUCAAUUGUGUUGAAGUUAGGCCUUUUCCUUUUCCUGUUUGUUUCCUUUUUCCUUUCUAUUUUGUUCCUGAUGUACGACCGUGUCGUGUGUGUGUUUCCAUUGGUAUUGUAUAAUCAUAACGUACUUGUAAUAUCAUGUACUUUUCCUGAGAUUUCUCAUCAAUAAUCUUUUACACUAUAAUGUAAGAAAUUGUCUUGACCCAU